AUGGGCUGGUUCUCCACCACCUCCCCCUCCACCACCUCCCCCGAACCCUCCCAAGACGGCGGCUUCAUCGCCCCCGACCGCUCCGCACGCCAACAAUGCUGGGAAGGCCGCGACGCCUUCUUCCAGUGCCUCGACCGCAACAACAUCGUCGACAGUGUCAAAGAGAGCGACAAGGCGCAGAAGGCGUGCGCGCCGGAGUUGAAGGCGUUUGAAGGGGCUUGUGCGGAGAGUUGGGUGACGUACUUCAAGAAGCGCAGGGUGUUUGAGCAUCAGAAGGAGCAAACGAUGAAGAAGCUUGCGGCGGAGGGGGCACAGCCGUUGGAUCCGGCGACGGCGGGGAGUGUGAAUGCUGCGGGGGCGAAGGGGAGGUGA